AGGAGAGGAGGAGAGAUGGUUUCCCAGGUUGUGCAGACCCUGCGUCAGGGAGUCUGGGCAUCCCUGACCGGGGGCUGGUACCACGACCCGGACCAGAACAAAUUCAACAACUCCUGCCACCUCUAUCUGUGGAUUUUCCUCCUCAUGUUGCCCCUGUCUCUCCAUCUGGCCCUGCCUCCUACUGCCAUGGCCCUGAGCAUCUACUGCACUUCCAUCACUGUCUUCUUUGUCCUCAUCAAACUGGCCAACUACCGGCUGCACCUGAUGUUCGAUGAGGGCGAGGCGGUGGUCCGCAGCAGCCUGUCCGACCUCAGCAAGGCUCAGGAGAAGAAAAGUAAUGCUUCGGACUCCUGCCUGCCCGCCAACGUCAGAAAGAGCAGCACAGUGCCUGACAGCGUUGCCAUGGCGACACUGGCCCGGAAGCGCCCCAGUUCAGUGAUCCAGGUGACAGUGAAACAGACCGAAACUGACCCGGGACUGAUUGGGGUGGAUUGUUCCAAGUCAGAGGAAGAGAAGGCUGUGGAAGGACAGGGAGAGCCUGCUGCAGGGGAGCGGCCUGCAGAGGGAAACCUGCACCCAAGUCCCGAGCCUUCUCCGGAGGAUCUGUCCAGCCCCAACCCGGGCCAGGACGUCCCGCUGCUGCAGGUCCAGCAGAGGCCCCCCUCCCGCGUCGAGAGGGAAGAGACUUGUCCUGGAUCUGCUAGCAGGAUGCGGACUAUGGAUGUGAAAAUAACUGAAACUGGAGCUGCGAACGAAGGAGUUGAUCGUCAGAGCCGUCUGACAGAGAACGGUGGAAAACAACCAGAGCAGGAAAGGACGGCCGAGAAAGACUCGGACCCGGACAGAAUUGAAGAGAAGGAAUGUGAGGAUGAAGAGGCUGCAGACGGGGACACGGCCGAUGAAGGUUUACCACCUUCCAAAGGGAGUGAAGACGAGAGUGAGGAAGACAGCGAGGGGCUAAAAGAGGCUUCAGACGCCAACAACAACUCACUAGAGACCCAAAGGGAUGGUGAGGACCAGAGCGCUGACUUCCCAGAACCUUCUGCGCAGGCUGAGCCAGUGGAGGAAACAUACUGUUCUGACGAGAUUGAGGUGGUCCUGGUAGAUAACUCCGGCCCCGGUCCCACGUCAGCCCGCGUGGACGACAGCGACACAGUCAAGAUCAUCAUCACUAUGAGCUGUGAUCCUCAGACAGCAGCUCAGCUGGAGGAGAGCGUCAAGCAGAGCCUGCUGGAGAACGCACAGGCUCAGAAGGAUGCAGGGGAAUGUCGCAUCAAGAUCCCCAUCAUCACCUUUGAUUCCCCCGAAGAGGAGAAGCUGGAGGCGGAGGAGGGAGAGGAAGUGAGCGGCUCCGAGGAAGACAUCACGCCGAAGCAGCAGCAGCAGAUGACGAGCCAGAGCGAGGAGUUUCACUUGUGCAGAGAAACAACCAGCUCCGACUCCAUCAUCCUGGAGUGCUCGGACCCGGAGGACCAGGAGCGUCGCAGGCAGCAGAAGAUGACGGACAGCUCGCCGAGCCCGCAGCUGACAAAUGACAACAGCUCCUCAGGCAUCGAUGUGCACUCCCACCACGAUGACUCCGACCCUCUGGAACCCAACGUAGAUUCGCAAGGUUUCCUGCGUCUGCCGCGCAACGUGUGCCGCUACGGGCCGGGGGGAAGGACUCACAUCCGAGGGCUGAGCAUGGACAGCGGGAAAGAUGCCGUCCUGCUUUCAAGCCGCUCACAUAACACAGCCACCAUGACCAGUUCCAAAUCAGAUCUGGAGGCGAAGGAGGGCCAGAUUCCCAAUGAAUCCAACUUUCUGGAGUUUGUGUCCUUGUUGGGGUUCCUCAGUACGAGGGGGGCGGGUGCCGGCAUUCAGGAGGAACGCCGUCCGGGGGACAAGGAGAGACCGGACGCUGAAGAACAAGAAAAUCAGGGUGAAACAUGCAAACCAGACGAAACAAUAGCAGAGUCCAACACUGACAACAAAUCAGAGCGACCCAAACCGCCCAGUAGCCUGCCGACCAGCGCGCUCCAGACAGUAACGCCCACCCACAUCCCAAUAGUCUCUCCUGACAGCCCGCAGACGGACAGAGAAAAGGAUCCAGACUACGAUUCCCUGCCCUCGCAGACGUCUCAGUCUGAGAGCUCCAUGCUGCAGGUCAUCUGCAGACCUGAAGCUACCAACAAAGAAGAGGCCUACACCUUCCACACCGUCCACAGGGACAGACCUCGCAAGCUGUACGCAGAGAGGGCCCUCAACCUGCCGCUGGGGGCGGAGCUCAUCACAGGCAACAUGUGUGACCUGCUGUCCACUUCUUCCAACUCGGAGGGUCAUGACGGGGGGGCCGGCGGUCCCGCCGACUGCCCUUUCCAGCGGCGCAUCAUCCCCGCCCACAGGCUGCGGCCGCGCAGGACGCACCCCGAGAUCUUCCAGGAGGAGGACUCUUUGGAUGAAUCUUCGGAGACGUCCACUCAGGAGAAGCCGAGCAGGAAAAUAUAUUACAAACUCCAGCUGUUUCCUGGAAGGUGGAUCAACAUUUUAUAUGACAGGCUCACCCUGCUCGCUCUUAUGGACAGAAACCAGGAUAUUCUGGAGAAUCUCGUUGCAGUCUUCAUGGCCUUCCUCGUCUCCUUUCUGGGUUUUGUUCUUCUCAACCACGGAUGCUUCAAAGACUUCUGGGUCUUCCAGUUCUGCUUGGUUAUUGCCAGCUGCCAGUAUUCCCUACUCAAGAGUGUUCAACCAGAUGCAGCUUCACCAACACACGGUCACAACCAGUUGGUGGCCUACAGCCGGGCGGCCUACUUCUGCAUUUUCUGCUCUCUGAUCUGGCUGCUGGAGCAGCUGCUGAGGAGGAAGGACCUGCCCGUCUCCACCCUGUACGGGGUAACCAUCGUCUGCUACGACGUGCUGCACUUCAUCAGAGACCUGCUCGUUGGCUUCACGUACUGCUUCCCGGUCACCUUCCUGGUGGGCCUUUUCCCUCAGAUCAAUACCUUCACCAUCUACCUGCUGGAGCAGAUUGACAUGCACUUCUUUGGAGGAACAGCUGCUACGAGUCUCAUCUCUGCGGUCUACGGCCUCCUCCGGAGUCUGGUCGCUCUGUCUCUGCUGUACGGCUUCUGCUUCGGCGCGCUCAAGGAGCCGUGGGACGAGCAGCACACGCCUGCCCUGUUCUCUGGGUUCUGUGGGCUCCUGGUCAUCUUCUCCUAUCACCUGAGCAGGCAGAGCAGCGACCCGUCCGUGCUGCUAUCUCUGAUCAAGUCCAAGGUCAUGCCGGCACUUGUGGACAGUGAAGAAGAGGAGGAGGAAGAUGCAGACAUUAAAGAUCCACUGCCGGAAAAACUGCAGAACUCCAUGAAGGAGAUCCUGCUGUCGGAUGUCAUCAUGUGCUCCGUGGCUUACAUCCUGACCUUCGCCAUCACGGCCAGCACCGUGUUCCUCUCUCUCAAGCCUUUCGUCACCAUCGUGCUGUACGCUCUGGCGGGGACGGUGGGCUUCGUCACCCACUACCUGAUCCCACAGAUGAGGAAGCAUCAUCCUUGGCUGUGGAUCUCCCAUCCCAUUCUCAAAACCAAGGAGUACGACCAGUUUGAACCCAGAGAGGAUGCCGUGCUCAUGUGGUUUGAGCGUCUGUACGUCGGCCUCCUGUGCUUCGAGAAGUACGUGGUGUACCCCGCCAUCAUCCUCAGCGCCCUCACCAAUGACGGCUUCGCCCUCAGUCACCGCAAGAAGCUGGGAAUCCACUGUGACGUCCUCCUGACCACGGUAGCUGGGCUGAAACUCCUGCGUUCAUCCUUCUGUGAUCCCAGCUUCCAGUUCCUCACGCUCCUCUUCACGCUGAUCUUCUUCCACUUCGACUGCCCGCACGCCUCGGAGAGCUUCCUGCUGGACUUCUUCAUCAUGUCUAUCGUCUUCCACAAGAUGCGCGAGCUGUUGCUGAAGCUCCACUUCAUCCUGGUUUACAUCGCUCCCUGGCAGAUCGCUUGGGGCAGCGCUUUCCAUGCCUUCGCUCAGCCGUUCGCCGUGCCUCACUCAGCCAUGCUGCUGCUGCAGACGCUGCUCACCACCGUCUUCUACACCCCCCUGGCUCCCUUCUUGGGCAGCGCCGUCUUCAUCUCCUCUUAUCCGCGACCCAUCAAGUUCUGGGAACGAAACUACAACACGAAGCGAAUUGACAACUCAAACAGCAGACUGGUGUCCCAGGUGGACAAGGAGACAGGGUGUGAUGACAACAACCUGAACUCCAUCUUUUAUGAGUACCUGACCCGCUCGCUGCAGCACUCCCUGUGUGGCGACCUCAUGCUGGGCCGGUGGGGCAACUACAACGCCGGGGACUGCUUCAUUCUGGCCUCGGACUACCUCAACGCCCUGGUGCACCUCAUCGAGAUCGGCAACGGCCUCGUCACCUUCCAGCUGAGGGGUCUGGAGUUCAGGGGUACGUACUGUCAGCAGCGAGAGGUGGAGGCCAUCACCGAGGGCGUGGAGGAGGACGACGGCUGCUGCUGCUGCGAGCCGGGCCACUUGCCUCACAUGCUGUCGUGCAACGCCGCCUUCAACCUGCGCUGGCUGGCGUGGGAGGUGAUGGCCACCAAAUACCUGCUGGAGGGCUACAGCAUCAGCGAGAACAACGCCGCCACCAUGCUGCAGGUGUACGACCUCCGGAAGCUGCUCAUCACCUACUACCUGAAGAGCAUCAUCUACUACCUGGUCCACUCCCCCAAACUGUCCACCUGGCUCAAAGACGCCGCCGUCCAGGAGGCGCUGCAGUCCUACACCAAGUGGCACCACAUCGAGCGUGACCCUCAGGUCUUUAGCGUGAAGAUCGAUGAAGACUAUGUUCAUUGUCUGCAGGGGGUGACGCGCGCCAGCUUCUGCAACGUCUAUCUGGAAUGGGUCCAGUACUGUGCUGGGAAGAUGGAGACGCCUGUGGAGUGCGAUGAAGACUCCCCUCUGGUGACUCUGUGUUACGCUCUCUCCGUCCUGGGGAGGAGAUCUCUCGGCACGGCGUCUCACAACAUGUCCAACAGCCUGGAAUCCUUUUUGUACGGUUUCAACACCCUGUUCAAAGGCGACUUCCGCAUCGCUACAAAAGACGAGUGGGUUUUCUCUGAUCUGGACCUGCUUCAGAAGGUGGUGGCUCCGGCGGUCAGGAUGAGCCUGAAGUUGCAUCAGGAUCACUUCACAUGUCUGGAGGAGACGGAGGAGGCGUCUAUCUUGUACGAAGCCAUCACAAACUACCGCAGCAGCCUGGUAAUCUGCCACGAGAGUGACCCCGCCUGGCGCAAGGCCGUGCUCUCCAGCCGCGACACGCUGCUCACGCUGCGGCACAUGAUCGACGACGGCACGGACGAGUACAAGAUCAUCAUGCUGUAUAAAAGACACCUCAGCUUCAAAGUCAUCAAGAUCAAUAAGGAGUGCGUGCGAGGUCUGUGGGCCGGCCAGCAGCAGGAACUGGUGUUUUUGCGUAAUCGAAACCCGGAGCGCGGCAGCAUCCAGAACUCCAAGCAGGCGCUGAGGAACAUGGUCAACUCGUCGUGCGACCAGCCGCUGGGAUACCCCAUGUACGUGUCACCACUGACGACGUCGUAUGCAGGGACGCACCGCACGCUUCGCAGCAUCGGAGGAGGAGCGUUAAGCCUGGAUAUCAUCCGGUCCUGGCUCUGCUCUAAAUGGCUACGGGUACGUAAGGACAAUCUGACCAGCUGUAACAGCGGCGUGAACAUGGAAGACGUGGACUGCGGUGUCGGCGGUUCGUCCUCACUGAGUCAAAACCGCCCGUCGUCCGUCACGUCCAACAGCCUGAGCAUGUACCAGCACAGAACCCGGACGACACGCAGCCACCGGCACCACAACACGUCAGGAAGGAGAGAGUACCGCAGUCGAUCGGUGCAGCCUCAGAGUCAGCGCCCCCCCGUCACCAGCCAGUCAGGUCCCAUUCUGGACUCGGCCUCCUCCCACGGGCUGGUCCAACGUCUGUCCAACAGUCAGCUGUCCUUCAACACCUCUAUCGCUUCCAUCUUCUCCCAGGUUCCACAUCUCUCUGGAGCUGCAGGGAUCAGCUCACAGCUCCAGGCAGCGCAGCAUCAGCAGCGCUCCAGCCAGGUUUCAUCAUCUUCCUCCACGCUCAGCCUCCUGUUUGGGAAGCGCAGUUUCUCCAGCGGUCUGGUUAUCUCCGGACUGUCCGCCGCUGAAGGCGGCAACACCACCGACACGCAGUCCUCGUCCAGCGUCAAUAUCGCCCUCGGGCCUUCGCACAGGUCCAGCAGCAGAGCAACACAGUGGACAUCAGAGCCAUAUGAAACUGUAGACCCAACACAUGUCAACGUUCCCGUUACAAUGAAGGACGGCACGCAGUCGAGUGAUCAGUGCUGCAGCCAGGGAUUAGACAAGACCCAGGAGGACUCAGCUUCUGCCUCAACAGUUCCAGAACCCACUGAUCAAAGGAGCGAUUGAAAGAGAAUAAUAUAGUUAUUUAUGCUGGUAUACAGAAAGGACUGUAUGAAAAGUGACGCACAUACAUACACGGGCUUGUGUGGAAGAGCACCCAUGCACACAGACCAGCCUGUAUCUCGCCCUCAGCAUGUGGUCACACCAUGUUGUCUGAAUGUAAAGUCUGAAAACAUGAUCCUUGAUCAAAUUGAUAAAAUGAAUACGUUUUU